AAGUAAGCUUGUUGAAAAUCGUAGUUUUGGGCAGUUCAAAAUACGGAUAACCCUUGAGGGCAUAAAGACAAAUCAAGCUCUCGAACAUUGUGACUCGACAUUUGGAAUUGGCAUAAGGUAGAUCUGACCAGUUCAGUAGCCAUUGGGGAAUGGCCACGUGGGUUGAGAAUCUGAAAGUGUCGCAACAGUUGACCAAAUUUGCCUGAACCGAUACGGAAAUGAACUUCAGAUCUGACAUUGUCUUACGGGCAAACUGGCUAAGCUUAAAGCUUGUAUAGACACGGGCCAGGCCUAUUUCGAAUAUCAAUUUUGGGCUACCACCCGGCCCAACGUUAAAUUAGCUGAAGAAAAAGCUCAACUCCCCGACACGCACGCACCCCCAUGCUUCUGGCUUCAGCUCAGGCUCGGCAACGUCUCGCUCUCUACAGCACACCCAGAAAUGGCUUCAAAGUCUUGCCAAUUUCUCCGGCUAUACGGACUGAAGUAAUCGUGUUUAGGCUACGACUUGCUGCUGGGAUCAAUCGCUGCGUUUUACGUCUUCACCGUACCAUACACCAAGGUUGAAGAAAGCUUCAAUAUUCAGGCAAUGCACGAUAUUCUUUACCAUAGGCAUCACUUGGAUAAAUAUGAUCACUUGGAGUUCCCUGGAGUUGUUCCUCGCACUUUUAUUGGAGCUUUCCUUGUUUCAAUUUUAGCCUCCCCAAUCGUAUUAGUUAUUAGCUUGUUGCACUUGCCCAAGAUUUAUGGACUUAUUGCAGUUCGUCUGGCAUUGGGCGGCAUCAAUUUAUCUACAUUACGGUUUUUUCGUGUUCAGGUUAGAGAUAAAUUUGGUCAUCAAGUAGAAGCUUUUUUUAUCAUAUUGACUGCAGUGCAGUUUCACUUGCUGUUCUAUUGCACACGUGCUCUUCCCAAUAUACUUGCUCUGGGUGUAGUUAACUUGGCCUAUGGAUAUUGGUUCAGAGGGAAUUUCUAUGCGGCAAUCAACUGUCUGAUUUUUGCAACAGUCGUCUUCAGAUGUGAUAUGCUGUUACUUCUGGGCCCUCUUGCUCUAGAGCUUUUGUUGACCAAGUCUAUUUCGUUCUGGGAAGCAACUAAAUACUGCUCUGGCAUUACACUUCUGUCCAUAGGUCUUACAAUAUUGGUUGAUUCAAUCAUGUGGGAGAAAAAAAUAUGGCCUGAAUUUGAAGUUUUUUGGUUCAACUCUGUUCUGAAUCGGAGUUCCGAAUGGGGUACACAUUCUUUUCAUUGGUACUUCACUUCAGCUCUCCCACGCUCGUUGCUUGCAGCAUAUCCUCUGUUUGUGCUUGGAGUUUUGCUUGACCGGAGGCUUCUAUUAUUUGUUCUUCCAGUUUUUUCCUUCAUUUUGCUUUACUCUAAGCUUCCACACAAGGUAUGCACACAAAAUAUUAUUUGGUCAAGCGUAAUUGUUAAAAUAUAUGUUAUCUUAAUUUGGAUGGUGCAGGAACUUCGAUUUAUCAUCAGCUCCAUUCCAAUGUUCAACUUAUCUGCUGCUGUUGCAGCAAACAGAAUCUAUAACAAUAGGAAAAAGACUGCAUGGAAAUUGCUCAAUUUCAUUAUGGUGGGAUUAUUUUUGGUCAGUCUAGGAUGCACUGCAAUAUCUUUCUUGGCAUCCUAUGACAAUUACCCCAGUGGUCGUGCAUUAAAAGAUCUACACUGGAUGGGCCAUCUUGGUAAUACGAAUGAAAAGUGGAUUCAUAUCGACACUUUUUCAGCCAUGAAUGGAAUAUCUCGGUUCUGUGAAAAUGAAUAUCCUUGGGGAUAUUCUAAAGAAGAAGGGAUUGCUCGAGAUGAAUUUCUUCAGAGGAAUUUUACAUACCUAAUCAGUGAGCACUCUGCUGUUGAUGGAUUCGAGUGUUUAUUUUCUGUAAACGGCUUCUCAAGUGCUCGCAUUCAACUUGGUUUUCCACCCAUCAUCCUGGUCAAAGAACCGAAGAUAUAUAUUCUUGGGAAUAUGGAAAUCAAGGAUAUCAUGCAACUAAAUUGGCCAGGGUGCCCUUGAAUAUCAGAGGGAGCUUGCUAUCUGAAAUGAGGAAGACAAGCUUUCCUGGUGAAGCUGAAAAGUAAAUGAGAACGCUAGCGUAGAUAGUUUCGGGGAAAUGCAAUCUCGCGAAAUGUUGACAGAUACUUCUUGAAGUUAAAAUACUUGUUUGUGAGCCCGAAAAUGCAUGAGAUUUGUAUUAUGUGGCUUAUUGUGGUUUUUGGAUCAUCAUGAUGAAUCUUUAUUUGACGGUGUGUUUAUUACUGGGAAUUGAUUUUUUAUGCAAACACUUUUUAAACCA